AUGCACCGCUCUGGCCAUGAAGUCCGCCACAUUCUUGCACGCCAAUACGACAUGGAUGCUGCGGCUCUGUUCCACGAGCGCCAGGCGGAUGUUGCCGCCUUUGCGGCCCUUGUGUUUCGUCGGCCGACAUCCGCAGUACACAAGCCGCGUCUGACAUCUUCCCUCGUUUCAUCGGCGCCACACACCUCUGCAAGUGAGACAGAAGCCGUCACCUCUUCUCCUCCCAUGAUACACGUGGCCGCGGUGACGGCGGCGUACCGCCGCCCUGCCUCCGCGAAUGUGCCGGUGUCACGCGUCCUUCGAGAGAUCAAGGCACGGGCAGAACGAGAGCAGCGGAUGGCGCGCAAAACGACAAAGAUGACCAAGAGCGAUGCGGACGACCUUGCCCGCGGCCUUCCACAUUUAGCCACGAGCGGCAGCCGUAGCGGUGCCUCGCUACGCGCCAUGGGCUUCUCCGCGCAGGAGAUUCGUGACCGCACCUACCUCUGGAUGACGGGGCUGAGGGCGCAUGGCAGUUCUGCCGACGACGUCUCGCGGCGCGCCGCCGAGGAAAGCGCCGCCCUCGCUCCCGAGCAGCAAUUCCAGCUGCGUCGACUGCGCCUCAAGCGAACCCAUCAACGCCCCUUGUCACACGCGCAGUGGGCCCUCUGGCUGCGUCGUCGGCGUCGGCUGUGGUACCGCCGGCGGCCGGUGGCGCGGCGGCGGCAUCUCGUUCGGCAGCUAGCACUCGAGUACGGGCGGCCGAUUGGGCUUUGCCGCUGCUGCAGGCGUAGAAGACAUCCGUUCAAAACAUCAACUCCGGCGCGCAAGGCACGCCCGCCUUUCAUCAAGGCGGCAUGCAAGGUGGUGACGCAGUGGCUUCCAUCGCACUCGCGGCUGGUGAAGCGCUUCCACUACCGCAUUGUUUUUCUUGCCGUUCAACCUGGCGUCACACACGUAUCGCUGACGAGCGCAGCAUCAUCGAUCCCCUCGCAGCAUGGCGGUGAUGCAGCGGGCAGCUCCACGGCGUCAUGCGAAACGCGACGCGCAAAGCGUCUGCGCCUCUGUGCAUCAAGCGUGGCUCGGGUCGCCAUACCGUGUGAGCCCGCGCGAAAGGAUCAUCGAUUUUUGCAGCGUUGGGUAACCGCGCUCGUGGUGCACCAUCGCCGGCGGCUCUUCUGCAGCCCCACUGCAGGGAAUGCCCACCCAUCACACUCGCAAGCGUCGCUGACAGCGUCCGCCCCAGCCGAGACUAUGCUGGCGGACCUUUCGCAUCACUGCGUGUACGUGCUGACGCCGCGGAAGAAGUGGCCAUUCAGUGGUGGAGUGUGCACUUCACCUAAUUUGCCGCAUGAAGCUGCGUCUGCUGUCUCAUCUGCGCUGGCCAGCCUUCUUGCAGUACUCGGACUGCAUCCUGAUGUGGAGGGCGUGGGUGCCGCACCUUCGGGGGUGGUCUUUGCUCUUUCUCCGACAGCGCGCCAUCAGCGCACACGACGAACUCGCGCAACCGUCGUGCAUGGACACAUGUGGUGUGCAGGUGCUGCAUGCCUUGAGAAUGCCGCCCUGAAGGCAGCCGACGAGUGCCGCGACUCUGUCAGCACUCUCUCUCGUUACACGCGUGUGGUGCCAGUGGUGCUGGUCGCUUCACUUCGCGCCAGAACCGCAGUCGCUCCCAUGGAGGUUCUUCUCUUCAGUGAAGGCCCGGUGCACUUCACGCGCCGCGCUACGACACAGUUGCGCAUUCAGCUUGUCUCAUCCUGGAGCCCUUGCUCGCUGAGCUCGACACGCGUCUCUGCGUUUGAGUACUGGCGGUGCGACCCCUCUGCGCCGUCUUCCCAGUCGGAGCCGGAGGCGCUCUCAACGCUCCAGGGUGCUCUCCAGCGCUGCGCCCGUGUCUACCGGCGGCUGCAGCUGCGUUCAUGUAGCCCCCGCUGUAACCCCCGCGUUCGCCGAGGAAAGUUGUCCGCGUCUCCACCCCGAAAAAACGCGCCAAGAAUCGGUGCGACGGUUGCAGGGCCGAGGACUACUGCGCAUGGCCCUCAGCAGGCUUCGUCCCGCCUCUCCCUCGUGGCCUUUCCCAGCUUCUCCUCUCCGUUUCUACCAUAUCCGCACCGCACCGGGUCCGGGGAAGGAAGGGCGGCUCCGUACGCAUGGCGCCUUGCACUUCUCUACCGCGUUCCUGCGAGCAGCAGCCGUGCUGCGUGCACCCGCAUCCGUGACGGCGCCGCUAGGUCUGCUGCAUCCCCAGGCGUGAAGCGUGCCAUGGCCACCCCUUCGCUCCGACGUAGGUGCCUACUGUCGUGGCAGGCGCGUCGUACUCACUUCCAGCUGGCUCGGCGCUUCUUCGGGUUUCUUCUCAUGGCACCACCGCGGACUGAACCGACGUGUAGCGGUACCGCCGCGCGCGGGCGGUGCCGUGCGCUUGGCUUCCAGGAUCGUGUCACCCUCCUUCACCUGCUAGGCCGUCCUGCCUACCCUCUGGACUACGGGCUGUCCCGCCCUUCAGCAGCGGCGCAGCAGCGGCGGCAGCAGCGGAGCCGGCCCACACCAAAAAAGAGUCGGGUGGCGAGGCAGGGCACAAAGCGCAGUCGCACGCCGACGGACGGCGCGCCUGCCGCUGCGGCGCCGGCGUGUGCGCCGCUUCCCUCGUACCUGCACAUACUGGAAUACUAUGGGAAUGUCUCGAAUGCGGCGUGUCGUGUCUUUGUGCGGGCGGCACACACAGAUCGCAAGCUCCCCACCCUGCACUGCAGCGUGGGGACGAUCCUGCUGCAGUACCGGUGGUUGCAGCGCAGAGGAGGCGGCGCGUUGCGCAUACCGUGUGUGGCACGCAUCGGUGUUGUGACGUCAUCCGCCUUCUUCGCACAGCGAUUCGGGUGCAUGGUGGCACCUGUGUGGUGCUGCUUUCCGCCAACGACGAUCAAGACUGGCGGCGGCGCCAUUCUUGCCGCUCUUGACAACGAGGACGAAUAUGCGGUACCCGCGGCGGCGCCCGGCGUCCACUGGACUGCGGCCUCUCUGGUCGAUGACACCGCUUCCGCUUCUCGCGCACUCACCUACCUGCUCGCCCCUCCUGAGGUAGCGGAUGAUCUUCUUCGCCGCAGCGCAUUGCUCCAGCGAGACGCGCUGCCGCGAAAGCGGGCCCACAGUCGCCAUCAGCGCGUGUUUGACCUUGGGCAAGGACGCACCGUGCGGGAGCUCGAGACGUUGCUUUACGAUCCGCUGUCGUGCUCGCCGGUACAACUCAUACAGUGGUACGCGUGA